UGUAUUUUGUCAGUGCGUCAGUUUCCAGAUAAAGGCGGCAGCGAAGAGAAAUUUUGAAUUUGCGGGCUAGCCAGCUAGCUGCUAGCAUACUCCUCGGAUUUAAAUUAACAGUUUUUCCUUUCCCCUCAAACAAUGGCGUCGUGUCAUCAUUUAUUAGAACACACUAAACCGCGGUUUGAAUCUCCUGCCAAGAUAUUUGCGAAGUUAAAAUCCAAAGUACAGAGAGAAGGGAUGUGCGCGAGGGACGGGACGUUUACGGUUAAGGAUCCGCUGUGUAACGUUACAGAGAAACACGGAGCAGUUUUUAGGUCGCCCAGGAAGAGAGCAGAGAGCACCAGGAUGAGCGAGGAGCUCAAGGAGAAUCAGAGGUCUGGUUUCUAUCGCGAUGAAGCUCAGGCUUUGACUUUUUCACCCAUAUCGAGUCCUCGGAAAACCUUCGGAUACUCAGACGUUAGCAGGCGCGUGGAGGAAGUGCCCCCUGUGACAGAGGUGGGACAUGGAUGCACACCAAGACAGAGAGCUUUCCUGGAGGCAGUAGCUGUGUCUCACCCCUCCUCUCUGGUCAACAGACAGCAGAGCCACACAGACCCACCUCAGGUCAGAGACAUGGGUGGUUUCAAGGUGACCAGCAGGACUCCAGUUAAGACACAGCCAGUGGAGGAGGACUAUGACAGCAGUGUGUUUGAGGAGGAGUGCGCUCCUCUUGACAAGCUGAUGUCUUCAGCCUGUAUGUUUCCCCCCAUGAGGAAAAGGCUGAGGAAGAGAAAAUGGGAGCCACAGGAGUUUAACAAAGUCAGCAGCAGCACAAAGGAGGCCAGCGAUGAAUCCAUGAGUCAGCCACAAGAGAGGAAAACCUCCAGUGCCUUCAGUGAGGACGACAAGACUUACAUGGAGGAUUUGGGCAACGUCAGAGGAUUCCCUGCUGAGCCGUCAGAGAUGAACCAGUUCACUCAUGAACCAGUGCUCCCAUCACCAAGAAUCCUCAGAAAGAAACGUUGCCUUGUUAAUGUGGAAAGAGCUCCUACGAUGUCUCCAGCCAAGAUGUUCGCCUACAUGAAGGAGAGGGAAAGCAGAAAGGAGCAGCAGGAAAUUCAUAGAGUCAGCAGCAGCACGAGGGAUCUCUUUGACGCAGAUGCUUUCCAUCAGUCCAGAGACACGUCUCACGACACAGGUGACAUGGAGGAUGUUGCUUUUAGAGGUGUUCCAGACAGCGCGGUUCCUGUCAGUCAGUCCAGAGUAGAGUCAGCUGACAGCCAAUCCGACACAGAUCCCUCUGAGGAUGUCCUGAACCCUGCUGUAUCGCCGCAGCAUGUUUUGCUUGAAGACCCGCUUGUACUCAAUACGCCACGGAUCUCCAUACCGAAGAAACAAGAGCCAAACAGAUGGCCCCAGCGCACAAAAUUCCCAAGUCAGGAGAGUGUGAUUUAUCUCAGAAAGUGGUACCUGAGGAAGAAUAAUAAGGGCCUGUUCGUAGAUGGAAUUCACGAGUACGACAACAUACCAUGGAACAGUAACAUCAUUGUGGAAAGGGUUUCAAAGUCUGUGGUGAAGACGGUCUCCGGCAGGGUUUACAUCUUAGUUGGCAAGAUGAACACGAGUGUCAAGUCCGAGUUUCCCAAGUGGCUGCUGAAGAAGUUUGCUAAUGGUUUUCCUCCAGACUGGGAGGCACUUUACGAGAGGUUUCUGUCAGGGUCAAGAGAUAGUGAUCCCAGCAGAGAAACAGAGAGGAACAGUGAGGGGAGAGGCAUCACAUCGAAGACAAAAUCUGGGGCUUCCUCCGUCAACCAUUCUAUGAAGCAGCUCAGAAAAAACACUUUUAAGACACCUGAUUCCUGCCCUCCAGCCUCAUUGUCUUCUGCAAAAGUGUCCCGGAGUGGUCGCACAAUCAAGCCACCUCUGGAGUAUUGGAAAGGAGGGAGAGUCAUUCUGGAUGCACAGAUGAAUGUCACAAUCCAUGAAUGUUAUGACACCUCCAUCUGCAUCCCUGAGGUCACUACAAUGGUGUCUACGAGGGCGUCACAGAAACCUGUCCAUGUGUUCCUGCCCUGCAGUGAAGGUCGUAAGCAGUGUGAAUCAGCCAGCGACGAAGGAGCAUCAGUACCACUGAGGAAAGUCAAGGCUCCACUCCGCAAACGCAACGCAAGAGCCAGAGUUAAUCCUGAAGAGAAGCCCUCUCAUUCACCUGAACCUUCUGUGGAGACACAAAGCAGCACUGACGAGAGGUCUGGCAGGAGAACACGGUCCAGCCAAAGGCGUCCAGCUAAAGAAAGAACACUCUACGUGGAUACUGUCCCUCACAAGCAAAGUGAACCCGAAAAGACUUCAACAAAAAAGGCACAUCACACCACAAGGCCUUCAGUGAGAGCUUCAGGCAGCAAACGAGCGACCUCAGCAUCCCAAGAAUCUGUUAAUGAUACAACAUCAGCAUCAUCACCCGAAGAGGUCACUGGGAGGAAGAAGCAGCAGAAAGAAGCGCACAAGGGGAGAAGCAGGAGAGCUCUAAAGUCACGGCCAAACUAUGUAAUAGAGUCAAACGAUUCAUUGCAGUCGUCUGAGGAGUUUGAGGAUGUGAGGAAGAGAACCAAAGUAACACGAAAAACACAUAAACAGAGCAAACGCGGCAAGUCAUCAUCACCCAAAAAGCCUUCCCCUAAGUUGACACAAUCCAGCAAGAAACCCAAGGCAUCGAAAGACAUCGCUCCGAUUCCACAACAGCAGGAUGAAGACGCGUGGACAGAGACAGAGCUUAUGAAGCUACAGCAGGCUGUGUCCUACUAUCCUAAGCACAUGGAGGGUUACUGGACAAAGGUGGCGAGGAUGGUUGGAACACGCUCUGCAGAAGAGUGCCACUGCCAGUACACAUCCCAGGGAACCUCCCGGACUCCUGCUAAGAAAUCCAAGAAGACCAAAAAGGAAAAUGUGGAAGCACCGAAAGAUCCAGAUCAUGCAGUUAUAUCGGCCCGAGCGGGGACCUUCAAGAGAAAGCAGCAGGUGCGUCAGUUCCUGGAGGCUAUGCCCAGAGACGAUGUUGAGGAUGUGUUCAGUUCUGCGUACAUGCAGAAUAAACGCUUCGAGAUACCCUCCAUCUGUCCAAGUGAGCACGACUUCAGAUUGCCUGACAUGGAGCCCCUGACCCCCAUGUCCGCAGGUUUCCCCGAAGUGAAGACUCCUCAGUGCCUGCAUAUCACCCCUGGCAUGAUGGGUUCUCCCAGCAGGACCAAUGAUGACAAGUACGUCUAUCAGCUCCAGAAGAGGAUGAAAAAAAAUCAGUUUAACGUCUGCAAAAAGACUUCAAAGACAAAGAGUUUCUCACCCACACCAUCAGUUAAACGAUCAAUGAGAAGAUGUGGUAACGCAGAAGACACCUUUGUAGUUUGGGAGAUGUUCCCAGGAAACAAUGGCGUGCUGUCUGACAGUGAAGAGGAAGAGGAUUUUUACUUCACAGACAACAACUGAUUGGAGCUGAAAGUCAUUAUUUUAAAUAAAAACAUCAAAAAUUGUUUGAAUGAAUUAAAAUCAGUGGAACAGAGGAGAGAUGUGACUUUUUCCCUUGACGAACUCAUGAUUUGAACAAUAAAACUUGCAGUUUGGAGUUGAAUUAUUUUUUAAAUGUAAACUCUGAGUUGAUCUCUUCAGUGUGAAACAAACACCAUGAACAGUCACUGAUUUUAACCUUUCAACACAACCUGCAGUGACAAGUGUAAAAAAUUAGACACAUGUAGUGUUUCAGCAGUGUGGCAUUUUGUACAGUUAAUAGUUGGAAAUUUCUUUAAAAUUUGAAUAUGCUGUAAAAAAAAAAAAAA